UUUUAUUUUGACAUGUUUUGACGUAUCGUUGUUUCCGACACUUCCGUGACUCGCACUUUUAAACAUGGAGUCUAUUUUCCACGAAAAACAAGAGGGCUCUCUGUGUGCUCAGCACUGCCUGAAUAAUCUUCUUCAGGGUGAAUAUUUCAGUCCUGUGGAGCUCUCGGCCAUCGCCCAUCAGCUGGAUGAAGAAGAGCGCGCGAGGAUGGCGGAGGGAGGAGUUCAGAGUGAAGAAUACAGGACAUUCCUACAGCAGCCGUCUGGAAACAUGGAUGAUAGCGGCUUCUUCUCUAUUCAGGUGAUCAGUAACGCUCUGGGGGUUUGGGGGCUGGAGAUCGUUCUGUUCAACAGUAGGGAAUAUCAGCAGUUACACAUGGAUCCCAUAAAUGAAAAGGCUUUUAUAUGUAACUAUAAAGAACACUGGUUUACAGUACGGAAACUGGGUCAGCAGUGGUUUAAUCUAAACUCACUGCUGACGGGACCAGAGCUCAUAUCUGACACAUAUCUGGCACUCUUCUUAGCACAACUACAGCAGGAAGGAUACUCUAUAUUCGUGAUCCAAGGAAACCUGCCGGAUUGUGAAGCCGAUCAGAUUUUGGGGAUCAUGCGAGUGGAACAGCAGCAACGCCCGAAGUUGAUUGGAGAAGAUGAAGCUCAGAGGACGCCCGUGCCGCAGGUGUCAGACGGUGGCCAGAGCACUGAUGAUGUUGUGUUAGAUGAGGAUGAGGAGGAGUUGAAGAAGGCUCUGGCUCUCAGCAGACAGGACAUGGAGGUUGAAGACGAAGAGGCCGAUCUGCGCCGAGCGAUUCAGCUCAGCAUGCAGGGCUGCAGCGAUCCCAGAAUCCCCAGCGUGACGAGCUGUGUGACAGCGGGGAGCAGUGAGACGCUGACAGCCGAGGAGUUACGCAGGAGGAGACAGGCGUACUUUGACAGGCAUUCUCAACAACACACUCAUGACAGUACACCUGCAGGUGGUGUGGAGGAGAGUGCAGGUAAAGCCAGCGAGUGACAUUGGGCUCUGAUGGUGACAGUCUUCAUAUGAGGAGAAUCAGAAGGAGUCCAGGAUGAUGUUCAAUCACAUUCAUCUGGAGACAAACAUUAGUGUGAUGGUGAGGAGGUGAGCGAGCGCGGUACAUUCCUCUUCCUCAGACACAUCUCUUACGGGCUUCAGUCUGUUUCUCUCUCUCCUUCACGAGACGCUGCAGAUGAGCGCACGGGACCAUCAGGAUUCUUCAUUGUUCCUCUGUGGAUUCAUCCGUCGCUCUGGUGAUCUUUAUCUGAUGUCAUGGAUGUGUGUGUGUUUCCUUAUGCGCUCUCCACGUGCGUCCAGAUGAACACUGGCCAUGUUUUUAAAGACCACAGGACAAACUCUGUACAGUUUUAACUGCUCUUAUUCACUACGUGAUCUUUUGUGAUUAAGGGAACUGAAUGCCUGGCAUAUAACUGCACUCCAAACACAAUAUAUGACAAUUAUGACAUAGAUGUAAAGCACGUCCGGUGCACAUUCACACAUGAAAUCUUUAAAGAGUGUGUGUGUGCGCGUGUGUGUUAAACAUUCUUUUGUGAUUUGUCAUGAAUUUUAAGGAUGGAGCUGGAGUUUUACUCUUAUUUUCCUUCAGCAAUAUUUUUAAAUGAUUUCAUGCACCAGUUACACAGCUGUUGUUAGCAUUUUUCUUUCUUAAAUAAAAGUUUUUCUUUCUCUUGG